AUGGAGGCAACGAUAGAGGCUGUUGAGCAAAAUUAUACAUCGGAGGUAUUACAAUGGAUUGCGCAGGGUUCGGCUGCAGAGGAGAUUGUCAGGCAAGAUCCACUUCGGCAUAGCCGCCUGCUCCUCGAACAUUUCCAGCGCAAGUUUGCUACAAUUGCUGUUCCAAUCAGUACCAGCAGCGUUGAUGAAAUCGGGGUCCGUACUAAAGCCCAUACAUUGGCAAAGUCGUUCUUGCCACUAAAGCCUGAUAAAUUCGGAAUUCGCUUUUACGCGGUGGUAGGAUGGCAUUCGCUUUAUGUUCAUUCGCUCUGGGAUAACGGAUCUGGUAACACCAUGCCGACAACGGCAGUUCAACGCUAUACCCGGUUAUUCCCAAGCCAGCGACUACCUCUCCGAGUCACCCUCAAGAAACCCAACAUCCACGUCAAGCCUGAAUCUGCGUCCGCAUUAUGGAUGACAAUG